AUGCUCGGGGAGACUGCCAAUGCUUAUCAAGAGCAUCGAGACAGCAAGCUUUUUUCGGAGGCUCGCAUCAUGCCUGGGCCUUUUUUAGACCAAGUUUUGCAUCGCUUUUCAUCGAGGGGUGCGCAUUGGCAGCUGUAUGGCAUGGCGCUGUUUGGAUCUAGUGAUGACAUUGUAUCUUCACUCCCGAUAACCGAGGCAGAGAGCGAGAAAGUGCGCAUGAAGCGACAGAUGGCCCGACGAGGACGUGCAGGGAUGGUAGACAUUGAGAUAUGUGCUCGUACACGGGUAAAGCACUGCAAGGGAACCCAAGGCCAGACCUCUAUGGCGGGAGGCUGCGGCUCUAUCUAUCAAGGACCGACUACGACACGCCGCAGGACUACCGACUGGACUGCUCCUGCACCAGGACCCCUGGCACUCCCGACCUGA